AUGCUUCAACGUGAAAGAAGCACAUUAGAAAUGUUGGAGAAGCAAGAAAGGAGUCUGAGGCAGCAAAUUGAAACAAUCACUCAACGCGAGUCAGAAGUUAGAAAUUUGGCGAAUGAUUAUGAGAAAGAAUUGGCAAUGCUUAAGCAUACGUUUAGGGAAGUACAACGAAAGUCCGAAAACGAGUCAGAAUUGCGUAAAAAAACAGAAGCAGUGCUGAAAGAGACGAAAAAGCGUCUUGAAGAAGAACAGAGCAAGAGAAAACGUGAAAUGACGAGUAAUCAGCAAUUUAAUGAUAAGAUUAAUGGACUAGAGAAGCAAUUGAAUGAUGUUCAAGAGAAAUAUAAAUCAGAAACGGAAAAUAGUCAAAAGCUGAAGAAACAAAUUGCCGAACUUCGUCUGGUAAAAAGUGAUAUGGAACAUAAAAUGGACGAACUUCAAUCAAUAAUGACUGGACUGCAGACACAACGUGAUGUAUUACAGCAAGAAGUUGCUGAGUUAGAGACGCGUUUAGCACAAGAAAAAACCGCGCGAACACAAAGUAUUGAGAUCCAGAAAGAGCUUAAAGGAAAAGUUCUCACAUUACGUAAUAAUAUGGAACGAUGUACCAAGAGAGAGAUGAAGGUUCUCGAUGAUAAUCGACAUUUGAGUGAGAAAAUAUCUGAAUUUGAAAAGGAAAAUGCAUCAAUUGAACUUGAACUUAAGGCUGUUCAGAAUCGCUAUCAACAAGAGUUAAAUACGAGACAAGAAAUUGAAAAGACGAGAAUUGCACAUAAGGAUGAUAUGAGUAUGCAGGAAGUAAAGUCAUUGCAAGCUAAAUUAAACGAGGAAAAAUCAGCGAGACAAAAAUCCGAUCAAAUGUCACAAGAGAAGGAACGACAGAUAUCAAUGUUGUCAGUCGAUUAUCGGCAGAUCCAGCAGCGAUUACAGAAACUUGAAGGUGAAUAUCGUCAGGAAACUGAAAAGGUUGAAUUCCUACAUAUUCAAUUAGAGCAAGAACAAAGUAAAAAGACUUCAUUGUUAUCAGAAUUCAGCCUGCAAAGUUCAGAAGUGGCGCAUUUAAAAUCAAGAGAAAUUCAGCUUGUAAAGGAAGUCCAACAAUUAAGAGAAAUGAAGAAAAAAUUCGAAGAGGACGUAGCAAAGAUCAAAAAUGCUCACAAUUCAGAUAUUUUACAAAUGAAGGAACUACAAGAUCAAUUAGAAGCCAAACAAUAUUUCUCGCGAUUAUACAAAACACAAAGUUCCGAAUUGCGAGAAGAAUUAGCACUAGCUAGAGCUGAUUCCGAAGCUCUGGUGAAGUCAAUAGCAGAGGAGACGGUGGCAGACUUAAAAAAAGAAAAGACUGUGAAGGAAUUAGAAAUUAAAGACUUAAUAGGAAAACAUAGGAAUGAAAUUGCAGCUAAGGUGACACAAAUUCAGAGUCUACGUGACAUUGAGAAUGAUUUGAGCAAUAAGGUAUCGAUCAAAAGUAGUGAAAUUGAGGAACUUACGAAUCAAAACAAUAAAAUUCAGGAUGAUUUGGUUAAAUAUAAGGUUGAUCAGGUGGAAUUGGAGAAGCUUCAUGCAAAAUUGAAGAAUGAGACGUUAUUGAAGCAGCAAGCAGUCAAUAAACUCGCUGAAAUAAUGAAUAGACGUGAUGGAGUCAUUCCAGGCAAACAAAAAACGAAGGUCAGUGCCAGCCAGAAUGCUGAACUUAAAAAGAAAGAAAAGGAGAGUCGACGACUUCAAUUGGAGUUGACACAAGAGCGCGACAAGUUUAAUCGAUUGAUGCUCAAAUAUCAGGACAUACAGAAUCAGCUUUUAGAGGAACGACAAGCAUCCGAUGUGAUCUCCUUGUAUCGUCAAAAGAACAAUUAUCUGCAAGAUCAUAUGACGACAAUAAGUGAUUCUCUCAACACAUAUGCCGAUCUGUAUAAUAAGGCACAACAACAAAAUUGUUUAUUAAGGAGAUUAGGAGAUAAGCAGGAAUUUGUCAAUUGGAGUAUGCAACUUGACAUUGAAAAUGCCAUGAAAGUUAAUCUUAAAUUGGAAUCAGAAAAUUCGCAUCUGGGACACACAAUUGAAUCCUUUAGAAACAAAGUUGAAAAGGAAAGCUCGAAAACUUCUCAGCUAUCUAAACAGAUCGCUAUUAAGAAUAAGGAAAUUGAGAAGUUCAGAGAAACCCGCAUACAACAAUUGAAGCAAAGUUUAGAGGAAGAAAAGAGCUUGCGAGAAUCGAAAGUGUCAAGUGCACUAGCUGAACGAAAAAGAGUCACAAAAAGUGCUGAAAAGGAACAAGCUAAGUUACAGGAAGUGAUUAAAUUAAAUGAAAAUGAAAUAAUACAGAAGCAAAAAAGAAUUUCGGAAUUAGAGACGGAACUGAAGGAAGCUGAAAAGAUACAGACAUCAAUUUUAUCUCUUAUGCAAAAAAGCAAGCGAACUUAA